GGAACAUGAUAUGACCCGGGGUAUUUCCGGUUUGUGAACGUUAUCCUCAAAUGUCUAUAAUCUAUAUUUUUUUUGUUUCUGACAGAAUUGAGGAUAAUUUGAGUAUGCUGCCAAGAUUUUUACUUACCAAAUUAAGAAUAAGUAUUGUAAGAGUGUCACAACAUAAUUGUAAUGGACCUCUAUCAAGUUAUACCGCUCCACAGAAAGCAAGAAAUUUGGUAUGGACGCGAAAAAUUCAUUCAUCGUGUAAAUUGAACGAAAAUAUGAAAAAUGAAAGAGAAAAAGCAAAGACAGGGAUAAUGUUGGUUAAUAUGGGUGGUCCAAGUACUUUGGAUGAGGUUCAUGAUUUCUUGUUUCGCUUAUUCUCUGAUAAAGAUCUCAUACCACUACCAGCUCAGAGUCGAUUAGCCCCAUGGAUUGCAAAACGAAGAACACCUAAGAUUAUAGAACAAUAUGAUAAAAUUGGAGGUGGUUCACCCAUCAGGAAAUGGACUGAAAAACAAGGAGAAGGAAUGGUUAAAAUCCUUGAUGACAUAAGUCCUCAAACUGCUCCUCAUAAAUGUUACAUUGGAUUUCGAUAUGCUCAUCCUUUAACAGAAGAUACUUUAGAGGAUAUUGAAAGAGAUGAAAUUGAGAGAGUUGUUGCAUUUACACAAUAUCCGCAGUAUUCUUGCUCAACCACUGGUAGCAGUUUGAAUGCAAUUUAUCGUUUCUAUAAGAAAAGAAAUCUUAAUUCAAAUGUAAAAUGGAGUGUAAUUGAUAGAUGGCCUACUCAUCAUGGACUUGUUGAGGCAUUUGCUACAAACAUUCAAGAUGAAUUGACAAAAUUUCCAGAAUCCGUUAGAGAAAGGGUUGUAAUAUUAUUUUCAGCUCAUUCACUACCAAUGUCCGUUGUCAAUCGUGGUGAUCCAUAUCCUGCUGAGGUUGCUUCAACAGUCCAUGCAGUCAUGAAUAAAUUACAAUUUAGCAAUCCAUACAGACUUGUUUGGCAAUCAAAGGUUGGACCACUUCCGUGGCUUGGUCCACAGACUGAAGAUUCUAUAGAAGGAUUGAGCAAAAAUGGUGAAAAAUAUUUGUUACUUGUUCCCAUAGCGUUUACAUCCGAUCAUAUUGAAACACUUUAUGAACUUGACAUUGAAUACAUGGAGGAGACUGCAAAGAAGGCUGGUGUUGAAAUUAUACGUCGCUCCUCCAGUUUAAAUGAUAAUCCAGUUUUUAUUAAGGCUAUGGCUGAUAUAGUGAAGUCACAUUUGGAAUCAAAUACAGUUUGUUCAACACAGCUGCCGUUGAGAUGUCCAAUGUGCGUUAAUGUAACUUGCGGCGAAACAAAGACCUUUUUCAAGAACCAGAAUAUUAAUUAAUGAAUUUUAGCAGUGAUAUUAUGCUUAAAGGUAUUAUGAAUAUCUUUAUGAGCAUGUUCGAAUUUAAAAAAACAAUCUCCAAUGAUUUUGGAAACGAAAAUGUUCAGAUGAUUUAGUUUUCACUAAUAAAUUCCUACCAUAACUCUCUUGGCUGAGCUACAGGCCAGACAUUGCUUGACCUCAGCUUCUGACCAAUGACCAUGGAGCUGGAGCACAUCAUACCUUUCGAUUAUGCCAAAAGAUGCGAUCUCCCCAUAGCUAGUGUAAGGUCGGUGAGGAAAAUUCAGUUCAUUGUCGGAGAUAUUUUCAUCUUCAAAACCACCCGUUCUUCAUCUGUCAUUUUAAUAUUUUAAUGUUUUCUAAUGAACGGAAAAGAUAAUAGUUAACACGUGUGUUGUAAAUGCGUAAUUUAACAUAACAAAGCAACGUCUUUUUGAUGCUAAUUUCGUUUGAUUGAUUUGACAUGCGUGAAGUGGAGAUGCAGAUGCUUCGCCAUUAUUUCAAUAAUAUUUGAAGCCUUAACGUUCGUUUUUAGCUUUCAUUAUCGCAGGGACGCCGACAGAGUGUAAUAUUCACUUUUGAGCUUGUUCAAUUCUUGUUAAUCGCGUUGAAGGUUAAGAAACUCCAAGUAGCUUAACUGUGAAGCAUCGAAAACUUUCUUUUUCUGCUCAGUAAGGAGAUCGUAACCUACGAGUCAUGUCGUUUGAGAUGAUAAUGAAGGAAAAAGAAGACGCGAAGGCAGAAUCUAUGAAGCUGAAAUACAGCUUAAGCUGUUGCAUUUACAAAUUUUUAAAUUUCAAGGAAUCGAAGAUAUUAAAACCGCUGUGUGGUAUAUUUAUUUUCUCGUUUGGUGUUGUACUUCUUGUCGGCCAUUAUGCCAUUAAAAACACGACCUCAUCAACUGGGAACAUUACACCUGCAAUUCCUGACUUGGUUGCAUCCGCUGUGAUAAUGGCGAAUGGAAUCCUCUUUACUUCAGUCUAUGUGAAAAAACAUUUAUUCACAAUCAUCUUUAGCAUGCUAUUAUCUUCUGUCGCUGCUCUUCUCUCGCCAGUGGGAGUCGCACAUUACGGUUUGACACUUACAAACUUCAUAUUUUCAUUAAACAAAUGCUCGUAUGAUAGUGACAAACAGCGUUGCGCAUGCUCCGUGACUACGUCAUACAGCAGUUUAAAGUAUGAAUUUGAUGAUACUACCAGCUGUGAAUCCAUCACGAAACACCUGGGCGAAAUUGCUGUUGGAAUGUCUUCAGUGUACCUUUUCACAUGCUUAUGUUCUUUUUUCGCCUCAGUCCAUUUAUCAUUGCUGGCUCAUAAUAUGGUCACGAAGACCAACCGUGUGAAACGUAUGAAAAGACGACAGCAAAGGAUGCAAGAAAAAAUAGAAACGAACGAAGAAAUAUCACUACGAAAUAUUGAAGAUGGUUUUCUCUCCAAGAAGAUAAAAGAUAACGCAUCAGUACCUGAGCUACAAGACGCUACAACACAAACCAAGUCACGUGAUAAUGGUGACGUUUGUCCUCCUCAAUGUCACAAUUUGGCGGAAGUAAAAAUACCCAAUAGGAAAAAAGAUUAUGUUGACAUGAGCAAAAGCCAAGAUCCUCCUCCACCUUACUGGGAAACAUUGUACUCACGUGAUCAUCACGACUUUGUCUAAAUCCAACGUGACGUAUUUCCUUAGUUAUUUUUCAAGAAUGGAGAGCCCAGAUUUAUGUUACGACGUCAUCUGGAGAACCGAGAUUUCGUUUUCUGCUUUCCAAGUCCGUUUUUAGUGGGUGUCAAGUCUAAACUGUUUCACAUUGCAAUUGUUUUGAUGUCAAUGCGUGUAUUUUAUGGAUUUUUUUAAGGGUUGUGCACUAUGAUCAAUUAUGGAUUUUUUGCAUCUCAAUAAAGUCUCCGUGAAAUUGCUGUA